UCAAGCUGCCGUUAGGCACCGCCAUCCUCAACACCACAUUCCACGCCAACACACUUGCUCGUUCCUCGUCAUCAAUAUUGUACUCUGACAUGGCAAUAAGCCCGCAAUAAGGAGGGGACAGUUUAGGACCCAACCUGCAUCUCCCUCAGGCAGAAAACAUACCUAGGACCCGUAAAGAGGAAAAACUCCGUCUGGAUACGCAAAGCUCCCGUACUCAGUCGAACAACCUUCUCAUAGCUUCAGUCCAUUACAAAUGCCCUCCUCCACCUCCUCCGUCCACCGUCCCUCUUCGAGCCGACCCGACUCCGACCCAGCAGCAGCACCCCCGACGAGGUCUACUACCAGUACCUACGAUCGCCGACGCCACCAAACCAAAGCGCUCCUUUCGUCCUGGGCGAAGCACUACUUUUUAUUGGGCCUAGUCUCCCUUGACGUGACCGCCAUCUUGAUCGACCUGCUCAUUGAGCUGGUGGCGUGCAACCUUGGCAGCAAGGACGAAGCCUGGUGGACUGGGCCAAGGGGGCGCUGCAUCCGCUUGCGCUGCUGUUCAGUACGCUAUUUGUGGUUGAAUUGGGGGUGACGGUGUGGGUUUUGAGCUGGCGGUAAGUUGCCUUGGGCUUUCAAGUUUGAUGUAUCUACCGUAGGCAGAUGGCUCUCAGCUGUCAAGAAGACUGAAAUGCAUGUGUGUCCUAGGUAUUUUCAUGAUUUGUUUCAUUGUUUUGAUGGGGCUGUCAUCACCGUUAGCUUCGUUGUGGAUGUGGUGACGAGGGAGGGGUAUUGUCGAGGAGAUCGCGUCGAUUGUGAUUGUGUUGCGGCUGUGGCGGUUGGUCAAGACCAUCGAGGGCCCAGCGCGGGGCUGAUGAGAGGAUGGAGGAGAUCAAGGCGAGGGUUGUAGAAUUUGAGCGUGAGAAUGCCGAUCUGAAGGCCCCGAUUGAAGAGGUCAGGUGAACGCAUUGUGAAGGUUAUCACAUUGAACCAGGAUAUCGAGGUAUGCCCGCCAUGGAUAGACCCCUUCACUUC